AUGGAGGAGGGCGGCGGGGCCGGGCUGGCGGCUGAGUGCGUGGACGAGCCGCCCAACAGCCGCCUGUUCGUGGUGCUGGGCAAGGACGCGGGCAAGGCGCUGAUCCGCGAGCGCUUCGCGCCCUUCGGCGACAUCCAGAACAUCUGCCUGGUGCGCGACAGGCUCACGAGCGAGUCCCGCGGCGUCGCCUACGUCAAGUUUGCGCGCAGCUCGCAGGCCUGCCGGGCCAUGGAGGCGCUGCACGGCCGCAGCCUGGCGCCUGACACCAAGCCCAUCAAGGUAUUAAUUGCACAAUCUAGAGCUUCUGGAAGCCACCGAGAUGUUGAAGAUGAAGAACUUACACGAAUUUUUGUUAUGAUACCGAAGUCCUAUACAGAGGAAGAUUUGCGAGAUAAAUUUAAGAUAUAUGGAGAUAUUGACUAUUGCAGCAUUAUUAAGAACAAGAACACAGGAGAAAGUAAAGGUUUGGGCUAUGUGAAGUAUAUAAAACCAUCUCAAGCUGCCCUGGCAAUAGAAGAGUGUGAUCGAAAUUACAGGGCCAUUUUGGCUGAACCUAGAAAAAAGCCAUCUGAAUCCUCUGAACAUGAAAAUUACAUUAGUUAUGGUAGUGCUGAGCAGGAAUCAAGAGGGAAUAUGUUUCCAUUUGGAGGGCAGACAGAAUUUUGUAGUUUUGAAAAAAAUGAGACCAGAGUUCAGAAAUCAGUCUCCAAACGCCUGUCAGUGUCAUCACGACUCCCCUUCGUAAAAGAGCAGCUGUUUACCCUCUUUGAUCUAGUUCCAGGGCUGGAAUACUGUGAUGUGCAGCGAGAUCCUCAUACUAACUGUGGGUAUGCUGUGAUUCAGUACAGCAGUGCAGCAUCAGCUGUAUAUGCUAAAUACAAGCUACAUGGUUUUGAAUACCCACCUGGAAAUCGGCUGGCAGUCACUUUCCUUGAAGAUGGAAGUGAUGGAUCAGACCUUAUCAGAAAAAUGGCAACACAGUUGGUGACUGCACAAGUGUCCUCAAUGGUGUGGAAUAGUAAUCUAGUUAGUCAGCAGCACAGGACAUCUUCUGCUUAUGGAGAAAGUUCUGGCUCUCAGAUACAUCAGCCCCAAACAGAUGCUCUGCUUCCAUCACACAAAAAAAAAGCUCCACCUGAUACUUCUGUGAAGGAAAGGCUUUUUAUAGUGUUUAAUCCCCACCCUUUACCUGUACAUGUAUUUGAGGAUGUGUUUUGUCGGUUUGGACACCUUAUUGAAGUUUACCGUGUGCCAGGAAAAAAUGUGGGCUAUGCCAAGUUUGCAGACAGAACGAGCGCCAACAAUGCUAUAACUGCAUUACAUGGAAAGGUUGUGAAUGGCGUCAGACUUAAAGUAAGACUGGCAGAUUCACCUACAGAAGAGUCCAACAAACGUCAAAGAACUUAUUGACACAGUGGAGCAGAGAUUAAAUAAUGACCUGACCUCCGACUGACUGACUGAAAACGUGACUAGAUGACUUGACACGAUUCCUGUGGACACUGACAGCUUUUUAUACUGUUGUUAAUUGUUGUUUGUAUAAAACAUUUUCUGUUUCAAAAUUGAAAUGGAGACAUAGUAUAAAUUUAAAUUAGUCAACUUUUUAGCUGUAAACUCAUAAGUUUUCUGUAUUAGAGAAAUAAAUAAAACGUUUGUUCACUAAAUCAUGCCUCUAAUAUGGAAAUGAUAGUGAUAGGAGAAAAACAAGGGAGGCAUCACUAAUGGUUUGACUCGUUACUUGCCAGUGACUCAGACUGUACAUACUAAAGAGUAAUUGUAAGUGUAGACAUUUUAACAUAGUCAAAAUGAUAAAAAGAACUGGAACUAUAUAACUAGAUUUUUUUACAAAAUCUGGUAUAGAAUAUUUCAAGGAUUGCUUGCAGAACAAGCCCAUG